AUGUGGGAGAGCGUGGUAAUCUGCUCUCGGGAGGUCAGAAGCAGCGCAUCGCUAUCGCCAGAGCUCUGAUCAGACAACCUCAGGUGCUCAUACUGGAUGAAGUGACCAGCUCUUUGGACACUGAAAGUGAACAAAUGGUUCAACAGGCCCUGGCCUGCUGCCCCACUCAGACCUUGCUUGUGAUUGCUCAUAGGCUGAAGACCAUUGAGAGGGCGGAUCAGAUUGUGGUGAUUGACAGCGGGGAGGUGGUGGAGCAGGGUACACAUCAGGAACUGAUGGACAAGAAAGGAAGUUACUAUAAACUGAGAGAGAGGCUCUUUACUGAUGAUAACACAGCCAACCAAGACAACAAGAAAUCUGACACUGUAAAAGCUCAAUAGCCUGUGUUAAAAUAAUGUGCUUGUUCAUAAUACAAACAUACCAUUACAAACCUUUGUAAAUAGGAACAUACAGUAUAACUGAGGACGUUAUCCUUUAACCAUUAUCACAUUUCUAGAAGACCUGUGGUAUUGAACUGUGAACUUGUACAUAGAAUAAUUUCAGAGACGAUCAUCAGUCAAAAUGUUUUAUCAACAAACAAUU